AUUGUAAUCGUUUAUGAGCAUCAACAUGCGUCAAAAAGAUCUGCGCCCAGCCCCCGCUCUAAUCGAGUACAAGGGCAUGAAGUUCCUAAUCACCGAUCGACCGUCAGACAUAACAAUUAAUCAUUACAUAAUGGAACUGAAGAAGAACAAUGUCAACACUGUGGUCCGCGUGUGCGAGCCUAGCUAUAAUACCGAGGAGCUCGAGACACAAGGCAUUAGCGUCAAGGACCUGGCUUUUGAGGACGGCACCUUUCCGCCUCAACAAGUCGUUGACGAGUGGUUUGAGGUCUUAAAGGAUAAAUAUCAACAAAAUCCGGAGGCCUGUGUCGCCGUUCACUGUGUGGCAGGCUUGGGACGAGCUCCUGUCUUGGUUGCCUUGGCACUGAUCGAAUUGGGCUUAAAAUACGAGGCAGCCGUGGAAAUGAUAAGAGACAAACGACGUGGAGCCAUCAAUGCCAAGCAGCUUUCAUUUUUGGAAAAGUAUAAGCCGAAGGCGCGGCUAAAGCACAAAAAUGGCCAUAAAAAUUCAUGUUCUGUGCAAUAGAUUUCCAAAACCAUAUGUAUAUUCCCACCAGAUAAAAAGUGUUCAUUUUUUCAAAAACAAAAAAAAAAAAA